CCCGCCCUCCCUGGGCCGGACCCGGGUCCUUCGCGGGCUGCUCUCGGCCGCCAUGGGCCCGGAGAUGGAGCCGCUGCUCUUGGCCUGGAGCUAUUUUAGGCGGAGGAAAUUCCAGCUCUGCGCAGAUCUGUGCACGCAGAUGCUGGAGAAGUCCCCUUACGACCAGGCAGCUUGGAUUUUGAAAGCACGAGCGCUAACUGAAAUGGUAUAUGUAGAUGAAAUUGAUGUAGAUCAGGAAGGAAUUGCAGAAAUGACGCUGGAUGAAAAUGCUAUUGCUCAAGUUCCACGCCCUGGGACAUCUUUGAAACUCCCUGGAACUAAUCAGAUGGGAGGGCCUAGUCCCGCUGUCAGGCCAGUCACUCAAGCUGGAAGACCCAUUACAGGAUUUCUUAGACCCAACACACAAAGUGGAAGGCCUGGCACUAUGGAGCAGGCCAUCAGAACACCCAGAACUGCCUACACAGCUCGCCCUAUCACCAGCUCAUCUGGAAGAUUUGUUAGGCUGGGAACGGCUUCCAUGCUUACAAGUCCUGAUGGACCUUUUAUCAAUUUAUCUAGACUGAAUUUAACAAAAUAUGCCCAGAAACCUAAAUUGGCAAAGGCUUUGUUUGAGUAUAUCUUUCAUCAUGAAAAUGAUGUUAAGACUGCUUUGGAUCUGGCUGCCCUUUCCACAGAGCAUUCUCAGUACAAGGACUGGUGGUGGAAAGUGCAGCUUGGAAAAUGUUACUACAGGCUAGGAAUGUAUCGUGAAGCAGAAAAGCAGUUUAAAUCAGCCCUGAAGCAGCAGGGAAUGGUAGAUACAUUUCUCUACUUGGCAAAAGUUUAUAUCUCAUUGGAUCAACCUGUGACUGCUUUAAAUCUUUUUAAACAAGGCUUAGAUACGUUUCCAGGAGAAGUAACCCUACUCUGUGGAAUUGCCAGGAUCUAUGAGGUAAGGUUUUUAUUAUUCAAAAAGUUGAUGUAAAAUUGAGGUUCAUGCUACUUCAGUAAGC